AUGUCGAAAUCGGAGAAAGCACAGAAAGAUGACCCCCAAGAGUCCGGCGAGGGCCAAAUGGUGUCAAUUGACCUCCCUUCAAAUGAUCUCCGCCGUGGAUUCAAGGCCCGACAAGUGAACAUGCUUGCUAUUGCUGGUGCUUUGGGAACUGGAUUAAUUAUUGGGACAGGCACAGCUCUUUCCAGAGGUGGACCGGGCAGCCUGCUCAUUUCUUAUACCCUUACUGGAGCUGUGAUUUAUUUUGUCAUGACUGCUCUGGGCGAAAUGGCUUCUCUCUUACCAAUGAGUCGUGGAUUCGACGGAUAUGCGUCUCGAUUCGUGGAUCCUGCCUUUGGAUUUGCCACAGGGUGGAAUUACUUCUUCAAAUAUGCGAUUGUAUUGGCGAAUAACCUCACGGCCAGUGGUCUAGUCAUGCAGUAUUGGAGGCCGGAUCUCAACGUUGCUAUUUGGGUGACGGUGUUCGGCGUUCUUGUUAUCAUGAUCAACGUUCUCCAUGUUGGUAGUUUCGGCGAAGCGGAGUUCUUUCUCUCGUCUAUCAAGAUCAUCGCUUUGGUUAUUGCAAUGGUCACUUGUCUCGUUGUAUCUCUCGGCGGCGGUCCUAACCACGAACGGGUCGGAUUUCGAUACUGGAGCGAGCCAGGUGCUUUUGCAGAAUAUCUGACAACCGGAUCCACGGGAAAGUUUCUCGGCUUCUUCGCCUGUUUGGUGCAAUCCUGUUUCGCAUACACCGGAACUGAAGUCGUCGGUGUAGCAUUUGCCGAAACACCUAACCCGCGGCGCAAUGUUCCUAGAGCCAUCCGACAGACACUUUGGCGUAUCUCUGUCUUCUACAUUCUGGGGGUCAUACUACUUGGAAUGGCGGUUCCUUACAACAGCGAUUUACUAAUUGGAGCCACACAUGAGAGCACGAGUGCUUCUGCUUCGCCUUUUGUUAUUGCAAUCAAAAUGGGAGGUAUCAAAGUGCUUCCUGACAUCAUGAAUGCUGCCAUCCUAGUAUUUGUCGUGAGUGCGGCAAACACAGACAUUUACGUCGGGGCGCGUACGCUACAUUCACUUGCAUCCGCUGGACAUGCCCCCGAAAUCUUCAAGCACACGACAUCUAAAGGUGUUCCUAUCUAUGGAAUUGGGGCAACCGCCCUGUUCAGUUUGUUGGCCUACAUGAACGCCACGACCUCUGCAUCCACGGUAUUCGGAUAUCUUGUGAACUUAGUCACUGUAUUCGGGACUCUGAAUUGGGUUAGUCUCCUGGUGUCCUAUCUUUGCUUCUGUCGCGGACUACGAGCCCAAGGGGAAAGCCGUAAAGAUCUACCAUACCGAGGACCUCUCCAGCCAUAUGGUGCAUGGUUUGCAUUAUUUACCACAACAAUCAUCAUACUAUUCAAUGGUACCUAUGUCUUCCGCAAUCUUCACUGUCAGUCUAUCACUAACAAUCACUGA